AUAAAACUUGUGAAGGAAAACGAAAAAGCUGUCUUCUUCUCGUAGCGUCUCUGUAAAAUUUCCUGUUCAGAUGAACUUUGGGUUACCGAGCAUCUCCUGGUUUAACAGCAACAGCUCGAAGAAAGAUGCAACCAUGGUAGAAACCGUGACAUCCACGACUUCUCUCCUUGAACAGCAAGAUCAAGGGCAAAGCUUGUUCGGCAUAAAGAUAUGGACUUUCUCCCUUGGUUCUGUGUUUCCUUGGGCUGCAACCUCACCUGAUGGGAAGCAGCAGAAACCCACUACUAUAAACAGAGGGUUGAAAAGGCAUGCCGUGUCUCGCAGGUCAUCGAGAGUUAAUACCGUGAGCACUGUUUAUCGGUUUAGACCUUAUGUGUCUAAGGUUCCGUGGCACACAGGGCCGAGAGCGUUUCUUUCGCAGCUUUUCCCGAGGUACGGGCAUUACUGUGGACCGAAUUGGUCUAGUGGGAAAGAUGGGGGUUCGCCGAUUUGGGAUCAGAGACCUAUUGAUUGGUUAGACCAUUGCUGUUAUUGCCAUGAUAUUGGUUAUGACACUCAUGACCAGGCUGAGUUGCUGAAAGCCGACGUGGCGUUUCUUGAGUGUUUGGAAUCGAACAAGCGCGUUGUUACGAGGGGAGAUGCGCAAGUAGCUCACUUCUACAAGACAAUGUGCAUAACAGGUCUCAAGAACAUACUGAUACCUUACAGAAGCUACCUCGUGAAGAUACAAUACGGGCAAAAUCUACUCGACUUUGGCUGGCUAGUGAACAGCCUUAGCAAGAGAAGCUGGAACUUCCAGAAGAAUUAAGAGACACAAGGAAGCAAAUCGGAGUGUGUUAAUCUACAAGUCCUGUAAGCCUUUCCGGUUUCCAGUUUGGUACAUAGAGGUUUAAAGAGAAGGGAACUGAGGAUUAGGUUCUGUAAUAUAUAUUAGAUCAAAUACAUUUAAUAUGAAACUGUGGUGUGCGUGUUUUAAACCCUUUGUACAUGUUUAGUAAUAGUAUGAUGAUCCGUAUCACUUCGUUUGAA